AGCAUCGUAAUCAUGGAAGCCGUACUAAAGGCAAAUGUUUACUGGGCACAGACAGCUGAUUCUGUUAGUCUUCGGGUAGAUUUAAAAAAUGUCUCGGAUCCAUCGAUUGAACUAACGGACGACUCUCUAACAUUUCUGGCUGUUGGCUACGGUGCUCAAGGCGAAAGCAAAUAUCAGUUCACCAUGGAUUUCUAUCUGCCUGUAAAACCAAAGGAGUGCAGCUAUAGGGUUCAAGCCAGGCAGGUAGAGUUCAGCAUCAAGAAGCAGGGACCCGAGUUCUGGCCACGUCUCAUCGUGGCCCAGAAGAAGCCGCACUGGCUCAAGAUCGACUUUGACAAGUGGCAGGACGAGGAUGAGGACGAGCCAAGGCAGCAUAAGGAGGACUUUGGGGAUGUGGGUCCAUUUGACGAAGCAAGAGGAAGAAAAAUGGUAGAAAGACAGGAAAAACAAGAGUCGAUGAAUUUCAAACUGCGAUACAUCUUCGUCUACAAUCUAUUUCAAUUUGUUGGCUUCACAACGAUAUUCUGCACUCUCUUCAUACGAUACUUGUACUAUGGCGAACGUGCUGUCACAACGGCGUUCGAGACCAUUGGUUCGCAGCUGGUCCUGACCCAGCUGCUUACGUACUUAGAAGUAAUACAUCCACUCCUGAAAAUCACCAAGGGCGGAGCGUUGGCGCCAUUUCUGCAGGUGUGCGGCAGGAACUUAGUGUUGAUCUUGAUCAUAGCAACGGAGCCCCGCCUGCAGGGCCAGCCCGUCGUCUUCUGGCUGUUCCUCGUUUGGAGCCUGAGCGAAAUUUUCAGGUACCCGUACUACAUGCUAAGCAGUCUUGAGCUGGAGUGGUACGCCGUCACGUGGUGUCGAUACACGACGUGGACCGUGCUGUAUCCCGCAGGAUUCGCCUGCGAAGCCAUGGUGAUCUUGGCAGCCAUUCCGAUGUUUGAAGAGACGCAGAAGUGGACCCUCGCUCUGCCGAACGUGUGGAAUCUGUCAUUCACCUUCCCGGCCUUCCUUCGCAUGUACCUACUCCUCCUGUUCAUGCCAGCAUGCUGGUUCCUAGUUCAGCAUAUGUACAAGCAACGAAAGGCAAAGCUUGGACCGUUCCAGAGGAAGAAACGCAUGAAGAAGACUCAGUAAGAUCGCCGGUAUAAUACGAGGGAGAGCAACGCAGAUAUCCUAUCGACUGUUUCACCCGCAGGUUCACGUGCGCACCUUGCAAUAAAAUCUGUGAUUCGACAAUUUCCAAAGAGAUUUGACGUUCUCGUUUUCGGAGCAUGAGAAAUUAUCUCAUUCCACUUUAGCUAGUGAGUGCGAUCGCUGCGGUAGUUCUGUGUGGUGCCCAACUGUUGGUUUAACGUAAUUAUAGUGAAGUGAUUUCUAUUUCGAGCAGCCCGAAAAUCGAGUGACCUGAAUUAUUAGUCGAUUGGGUAAUUCGUGUAAAUUUUACUACUCGGGUAUUUCAUUCUUUGAUAUCAAACCCACUAGCGUGUAUCGAAACGUAUUUUGUCUGGUGAGGUUUUUGUUAGUUAACACAAUUGGCUGCUGUAGUCACUUGUGGUACAGGCAACAAUCUUUUGAGUCUAGUAUGAUAUCGGGGAUGUGAUCAUUAUAGGGAUACAAUGCAUUUUGCAUCUUUCUCCUAAUUAUAUCGUUUGCUGGUAAGGCAAGAAGCUCCAUCGCUGUGAGCAGUAGGUGUCAAAAUAUUGACAAUUUGUCGUCUGCCAAAGAUGUGGAUAUUUUUUAUCGGUGUCACUGUCACCUGUAUAAUACCGUGGAAUUGUAAACAAUCAUUGGCUGUGGAGUAUUUCUUUCGUCACGAUUUCUAAUUUCUUGUAGAUCAUCACGAGUGAGUGCAUGUUUGUGAUCUAGAAAGCCUGUGUUAGUGGUCACCUCUAUAGAACAGACACCUGUUUACAAAGGACACGUUUUGCAUUUUCGUUGAAAGUUUUGCACUUUUUCAUUGGUAGUUAAUAGUUUUACACUAAAGUCACCUCUAUAGAACAAACACCUGUCUAGAAAAGACACUUGUGGCAUUUCCCUUUAGUGCCAGUUAUGCAGUGAAGCCACCUUUAUAGAAUGGACACCUGUCUAUAAUGGACACUAGAAUUGGACACUGGUUUGACUGCUUCCGAUUGGUUGUGAAGUGUUGCCAUGAAUGGAUUUGGCCUAUCCACGUGGCAUGAUUGAUGGGCAGCUCUAGCCAAUCAUUGUUGUGAUAGUGCAUCAUAAAAGACAGUUCUUAGCAAUGAAGUGUCAUAGGAUCAAUGACUUAGCAUGCACACAUUGAGACCACAUACGAACUGGUCUAGCUGGAAUGACCUAGCAACAAUACUCAAGUUGAGUCAACUUGCUCUUACCAGAUACUUCAGUUAAAUAGUGCAAACUAACUUCAGUGCGAAAUUAUUGAUAUUUACAAAAUGAUAAGUUUGCACUGUCACACCUAUGCACUGACCUAGCAACCAGGGAUAUCUACUAUAUAUAUAUAAACAGAUAUCUUAGUUACAAAAAUUUAACCCAACACAAGAGUAGGAUUACACUACUCUUGUAUUGGGUUACAUUAGUGUGUCUAAUAGAUAACUAUGCUAGCAACUACUAGCGACGUGUUACCUCGUUCGGGCGAUAGUUCAGUUGUGAUGCCGUCAUUGUUUCUAACACCACCGCUGUGUAUGUCUAGCCGGACGUACGCUCUACUCGUGUAGUCCAUUCACUCCCGCUGCAGGAGCUGUAGACUGGUAGAGCGGCUACAUUCAUAGAGCUACCGAGGUGUAUGCAGGCAGUUUGUGAGAUGAACUUAGUCGGUAGACUUUUUUGUGUGCAACUCGAAUGAACUUAUAGAAAUGUCAUUGUCAUUUGUUUAUUGUCAUCUGUACCUAUGAAUAUAAAUUUUGUUGAUUUUAAAAACAA